GCGGAUUUCCACGGUGAGAGAGAGAAAGGGCGGGCAAGCCGAGGGGUCCGCCUCGGCCACACGGAAGAAUCGGAGACUACUCGAAAGGAUACUGGACUCAGAAGCAACGCAGGCGAGAGAGAGAGAGAGAGAGCGCACACUAGAGAAGGAGAGAACGCUUCGGCUGCUCCGCCCUCUGACGAAGCUGAGUUACCGCCUUUAUGCUCAUUAUCCAUCACACAUUUGGCGCGAUCCGCAGCCUAGGCAGCGGUUGCCGGCAUUCCAUUUGUCGGCACAUUCGUCUUCCUCCUCUUCCCUUGCCUACCUUCUUCUAAAACUCAAUUACAAAUCCUCCGUUUUCUCUUCUUCUUCUGCAUGGAGGAAGCAGAGGAAUCCCGCAACGGUAUGAUGCAGACUUUAAAACCCUCUUCUUCCUCUUCUAAUUUCCCCAGCCGAUUGGAAUCUACGACCGGCGGCCGCGUAUUCUACCGCCAGUUCCCUCCUACCCUCAUCCCUGAUGUCUCCAAGCGCCCCGGCAUCCCCCCUGUCCAUCCAUUAUUCACCCCUACCUCACUAUACCCCCAGAUCCCAACCCCCGGCGGCAGUGCCGCGCCGACGUCUCCAGCGAACUUAAAUCCUUUGCCUUCGCAUUGCCGCUCCCUCUCCCAGCCUUCUUUCUUUUCUCUGGACUCGCUGCCAUCGUUCACUUCUUCACCUUUUCCCGACCAGGCGGCUCCCACCGAUGUGAACAUGGAGAACUGUUCUGCGGCUGCCCCCCUCACGCAGCAAACUCCUCUCCUGCCUGCAAGAAGAGACCAUGCCGUCACUGAAGGGAUCCCUCCGCGUAAAGCGCAUAGGCGAUCACAGAGCGACAUCCCGUCUGCAUUUCUACAGUCUUCUAAUCCUAUGUCCGGACUCCCCCCGCUGCCUCAACAUCUGCAGGUGACUAGAGAAAGCCCUCCUAUUGGAUUGGUUAAGCGCCAAACUCAAUUUGUGAAGCAAGAGACUGAAUGUGAUAGAGAAGGUGAUAGUGAUCUAAAAUCUGAGGGAGAUGGAGGAGAUGAUCUCAUCAAUGCUUACAUGAAUCUGGACAGCUUGGACACUCUCAAUUCUUCUGGUACUGAAGAUAAGCGUGAUGACUUAGACAGCAAGGCUAGCGGCUCCAAGACGAAUGGUGCCGAAAGUAGUGAGAAUGAAGCUGAGAGUAGUAUGAAUGAGGGUGUGAGUAGAAUGGUGGAGAGAAAAGAGGGACACAAGAGAAGCGCAGUUGGAGAUCCUUCUCCGAUCAAUAUCGCGCCUAGACAUUGUAGGAGUCUUUCGAUGGAUAGCUUUAUGGGAAGGUUGAAUUUUGGAGAGGAAUUACCAAAGCUACCGCCUUCCCCUGGGGAUAGGCCUGGUCAACAUUCACAUAGCGGAUCAAUGGAUGGGAUGUCCAACACAUUUAGUUUGGAGUUUGGUAAUGGGGAGUUUACUGGUGCCGAGAUGAAGAAAAUAAUGGCUAAUGAAAAGCUUGCAGAGAUAGCAAUGAGUGAUCCUAAAAGAGCUAAGAGGAUAUUAGCAAAUCGCCAAUCUGCUGCUCGUUCCAAGGAGCGAAAGAUGCGCUAUAUCUCAGAGCUGGAACACAAGGUGCAAACUUUGCAGACAGAAGCAACAACAUUGUCCGCUCAGCUGACUUUGUUACAGAGAGACUCAGCGGGAAUCGCAUCUCAGAAUAAUCAUUUGAAGUUUCGAUUGCAAGCUAUGGAGCAGCAAGCACAGCUUAGAGACGCUUUGAAUGAAGCGCUGUCCGCAGAGGUUCAUCGUCUGAAACUUUCUACUGGGGAACCACUCUCUGCUAGCUUAAACCAUCAAAUUCAACUAAAGCCUCAAAUGUUACAACUUCAACAGCAGUUGCAAAAACACCAUAUCCAUGCCUCACAAAUGGCUCUUCACCCUCUCCAGUCGCCUGAAAAACAGGAACAAAAGCUAAACGCUGAUGCUUCAGAUACUGAAAUGAACCAGUGAUUUACUACUGAGGCGCUCAAACACCAAACCAUUUCUUACUUACAAGGCAAUCAAAAAGGUUCGCUUGUUAUGCUUUCGUUCUUCUUUCUGAAAUUCUUUUAAACUCUUAUUUUUUUUGUUCAAGUAGAUAAUUUGGAAUGUAUAAGGGCCGUAUUUGUUUUGUAACUAGAAGUACUCGUCUCAACUACAACGAACAGGAUGGAUUUGAAUAGUUGCUGCAGCCUAUAUUGUUCUUUUAUGCAAAAUUUUUUUUUUGGUUAACUUGUACUUCAUGUUUGUUUGAUAAAUUUGCUAGUACUUUGCUGGCUUUAAUUUUUUACUUUAUUAUUCA